AAGGCGAGGUGAGAGCGCGCGCAGUCUCCGUGUAUCCCUCCGCCGGGGCUCUUUCUCCGCGCCCGGGAGGCUCCGGAGAGGCUGAGGCGGCAGCGGCGCUGGGCCAGCGACUUGUGGAGGUUCAUUGUGCUUGAGGAACGUGCUUGUCAAUGCUGGCUUUACUGUUGAUCGUCUGCACGCAAGACUGAUGUCAGAGCACUUUAACAUGUUAAUGGUUCUUAAAGAUCAGUGGUAGAGCUGAUGUUUUACAAGUGGAGCCUCUGGUUGAGAGAUGUUUCAAGAAAACCUACCUCGCAAAUUGCAUUUGUUUGCCAAUGUGCUACAUCACUGGAAAGCUCACGAAAAGUUUGGCAGUCGUUCUUGAAAGUCUCAGGAGAACACAUGGACACCAAAUAAGCAUACUGUGACCUGGGAGUGGGUCAAAGUCUGAAGCAUUCUUGAUUCAGCAGUUUAGUCCACAAUUGAUAAAUGUCUUAAUAAAGCUUGUAAAGGAUCCCCUGUAGUCUCUUCAGUUUUUCAAGAAAUGGUUGCUUGAUCUGGCCUGCCAAAAUAAAGUGGCUUCUCUAAUCUGAUCCUGGAAAUAUUAAUGGAACAUAGUCAUGUCUACCCAGGAAGAAAGGCAGAUCAAUACGGAAUAUGCUGUAUCUUUACUGGAGCAGUUAAAGCUGUUCUAUGAACAACAAUUACUAACUGACAUAGUUUUAAUUGUUGAGGGCACUGAAUUCCCAUGCCAUAAGAUGGUUCUUGCUACAUGUAGCUCUUAUUUCAGGGCUAUGUUCAUGAGCGGAUUGAGUGAAAGCAAACAAACCCAUAUCCAUCUGAGGAAUGUGGAUGCAGCCACUUUACAAAUCAUCAUAACUUAUGCUUACACGGGUAAUUUGGCAAUAAAUGACACAACAGUUGAACAGCUUUAUGAAACAGCCUGUUUCUUACAGGUAGAAGAUGUAUUACAGAGGUGUAGAGAAUACUUAAUAAAAAAAAUAAAUGCAGAGAACUGUGUGCGGCUCUUGAGUUUUGCUGACCUUUUCAGCUGUGAAGAGUUAAAACAGAGUGCUAAGAGGAUGGUAGAACACAAGUUUACAGCUGUAUACCAUCAAGAUGCUUUCAUGCAGCUCUCUCAUGAUCUGCUGGUAGAUAUUCUGAGCAGUGACAACUUAAAUGUGGAGAAGGAGGAGACAGUUCGUGAAGCUGCUAUGUUGUGGCUGGAGUACAACACAGAAUCUAGAUCACAGUAUUUGUCGUCUGUUCUUAGCCAGAUAAGAAUUGAUGCACUUUCUGAAGUAACACAGAGAGCUUGGUUUCAAGGCUUGCCACCAAAUGAUAAGUCAGUUGUGGUUCAAGGCUUGUAUAAAUCUAUGCCUAAGUUUUUUAAGCCAAGGCUCGGAAUGACUAAAGAGGAGAUGAUGAUCUUCAUUGAAGCUACUGCUGAAAAUCCUGGUAAUCUUUACUCUUCAGUAUGUUACAGCCCACAGGCUGAAAAAGUUUACAAGCUCUGCAGCCCUCCUGCUGAUUUGCAUAAGGUUGGAACACUUGUAACUCCUGAUAAUGAUAUUUAUAUAGCAGGUGGGCAAAUUCCACUGAAAAACACAAAAACCAAUCACAGCAAAACUAGCAAACUUCAGGUUGCCUUCCGAACUGUGAAUUGUUUUUACUGGUUUGAUGCCCAGCAGAACACUUGGUUUCCGAAGAGUCCAAUGCUGUUUGUUCGCAUAAAGCCAUCUCUGGUUUGCUGUGAAGGCCACAUCUAUGCAAUUGGAGGAGACAACGUCGGUGGAGAGCUCAACAGGAGAACUGUAGAAAGAUAUGAUACUGAGAGAGACGAGUGGACCAUGGUAAGCCCAUUGCCCUGUGCAUGGCAAUGGAGUACGGCAGUUGCUGUUCAUAAUUGCAUUUAUGUAAUGGCACACAAUUUGAUGUACUGUUACUUCCCUAGAUCAGACGCUUGGGUUGAAAUGGCUAUGAGACAGACUAGUAGAUGUUUUGCUUCAGCUGCUGCUUUUGGAGAUAAAAUAUUUUACAUUGGAGGCUUGCAUGUUGGCAGCAACUCUGGUAUAAGACUCCCAACUAGCACUGUAGAUGGGUCUUCCGUAACUGUGGAAGUCUAUGAUGUGAAUAAAAAUGAAUGGCGAAUGGCAGCCAAUAUUCCUGCCAAGCGGUAUUCUGACCCCUGCGUUAGAGCUGUUGUAAUCUCAAACUCUUUGUGUGUGUUCAUACGAGAAACCCACAUGAAUGAGAGAGCCAAGUAUGCCACCUAUCAGUACGAUAUGGAUCUUGACCGGUGGUUCUUGCGGCAACAUAUUUCUGAGCGGGUGCUAUGGGACCUAGGGAAAGACUUUCGAUGCACUGUGGGAAAACUGUACCCAUCUUGCCUUGAAGAAUCUCCAUGGAAGCCUCCACCAUAUCUCUUUCCACCAGAUGGAGCUGAUGAAUUUGAGCUGCACGGAGAGAUGGUUACAUUGCCACCUGUAUAGCUCUCAAAAUCUAGAGACUGCAUGCUUAUAAUUGGUAAUCAUAAAUUCUAUAUGAAAAACAGCUGGAAACUAAAAAAAAGACUGUCUUGUAUGUAUGCCCUAUAUAACAUUUGUGGCCAUUGAGUGUAAAUCAGUGAAAUUUUCAAGCAGGUAUGCUUCCAUAAUCUAAAACAAUCCCACUGAUGGGAUCUCUAUGGGUUGGAUCCAGCUCAAAAUUUUCACUUGUGCUAGAUAGAGCGCUUGUGCAAGAAGAAAUGCAAGGGAAAAAAAACAUGGUAGCUGCUUGGCAAGUCACACUUCCUGUGUCGUCCUUUGCAUUUCUGCUUGUGCAAGACGUUGUGCAACCAGUUUCUGGGCCCUAUAUAUAUCGAAAGUUCUAAGUGUUGCACAAGAUUUUGUGCAAGUGGAACUGUGCUGUUUGUGUUUCUGCUUGUGUGUUGCUGGAUCCAAGCCUAUGUAUAUUACAAGCUUAAAGCAUCUGCUUAUUGUCUAAACAUUUAGUCCUGUGAAGGCAUUUAGUUCAGGAAAUGUUCACAAAAGCUGCAUCUGUUUUUAGGAUGAUAUGUCAAUUGCUCUGAAAGUAUCUUCCAGUUGUAUAUGAUUGAGUUCUGGAAAUCUUUGUAUGUGCUAGUUACAGUAGAUUCAGUGUGGCCUAAUGGGAUGUGCUGCACUUAAUAUACAACAGCUGUGUUGGUAUAAUAAUGCCAUGUAAAAGAAGAAACAAAUCCAAUGGAUCUACCUGUGGUAGGAAGGGUAGAUCUUCCAUUUUACAGUGACAUGCAGGGCAAAAUGACUGCGGGUUCAGUCAAGCUGUAUUAUUAUUAGGUGCAUGUAUUUUCACUAACUUAUACCUGUCUAUUUAGAAUACAGGUCUUCCGAGCAGCUGGUAGUUUACCAGGUGUGAACUUACAUUGCUGGGCUUGCAAGAAUUGCCAGCCCCUCCUAGUGCGGGUCUCUGUGGAGUUUUGGAUCAGUAAAUGACUCCACAUUCUGUAUUUCAGAAACAUUGGCUCAUGCAUAUUAUUUCCUGCUGCUUAUGUUCCCCCCAUCCCAUUCAGAUGUAUAAUGGAUUAACCAGGUCUUUUUUGUUAAUUUAAUAACAAGCAUUACUGUAGAGUGACUGUGUGUAGAGAUACCCCUUAGCUGUUUUUGUGUUUUUCUUUUGCGGGGGAGGGGAGCAGAAUGUUCAGGAAUACUCUGUACCCUUCUGCGCAAGAGAGCAGUUGACUAGUGCUGCUCUGGCAUUAAUCCCAGGAACCACUAGCAGUAGCUGGGUGCCACCAAUAUUACAUGAGCACAGGUGCUUCAUGAUGGAUCAUACUAGCAUGUUCAGCUGCAUCAUGUUCUGGCACUGUAUUUUGAAUGAUAUUAAUUUAUUAAAAAAACAGAAUCAAAGUGUGUUUACUCUGUAUAUAACUAUAUCUUUAUGUUGGAAACAGUAGUAUCUGAUUCAAUUUAGAAGGCAUAUCUGUUCUCUGAAUCUCACAGACCUUCAAACCUUGCAUUAUCUAAUAAAGUAGUGGCAUUUAAUAUGAUGGUUAGCUUCACCCAUGUAGAGAAGUGGGGAUAACAGAAAGGGAGCAUGCUACAUGCUUCCUCUUCCAUGUGCUUCUAUAUCAGCUAAAAUAGAACUUGCCGUAUUUCUGCUCUGCUGAUAUAUACAACCUGUCUCCAAACUAGUUAGAUGCUGUUCUGUUCUAAGAGGUAAGAAGAACAAUGAGCUACUUGUGCUUCUUGCUGUUCCUGCUUUUAAUUUUGGGGCUCUCAUUGAAGCUAAGAUUCCAGAGGAAUAGUUAUAUUAGUUUGCUUCAGCAAAAACUGUUUUGUGCCGCCUUAAAGACAUUCACAUGUUGUUGAAUGAACUUUUAUGGACUAGAAAUUAUGAGUAGAUCUUUUUAUGCAGUGUGUGGGGGGGAUACCCCUUCUUGAGAUGGAAAGAGUUAACAGAAUGUAUGGUCAGAGGCAGCUGUGAAUAAAUUCAGAAGCCAAAUUCUUGUUAGGCAUUUGAGCAAUUUUUGCUCAGACUAGGACUCCGUUUUUAUACUGUCAUUGCAAACUUCUAAUGAUUACUACUCUGACCUUUAUUGUGUGAUCAGGGUUUUCUGUUGGCUUGUUUGUUUCUGCAAUAACAAGCUUUCAUUGAGGAGAGUGAGAAGAGAAGAUGGGUGGGAUCCACCCAGCUUUUUCACUCAAUCGCUAGUUUUCUUCCAUGAAAACUACCCCCCCACCACCACCCAUGAAAGCUUCACGAUUCUCUGUGUAGCCUAUAUAGGUGAUCAAAGAGGAUGUGUCCUUCCCCGUUUCUCAGCAGAAAAGUCCACUGGUUGCAACCCACUGUAUGGGGGAUUUUCUUUAUCCCUGUUUCUGAAUCCCAGGCAAACAGCUGAAAUAUUAAAAGAUUCAC